UCAUAUUUUUUUGCGUUGUAAUUUGACCCUUCGUGUGAGGAGGAAUGUUUGCGACAUCUCGACCCGAAAAUUUGUUUUUAUCCCUUUAAAUUGUAAAUAUUGAACUGUAAACAUCACAUGCAAUUACUUACUAAAUUCCUUAAAGAUGUUGAUACGAUUCAAUUAAGUUUAAUCUCCUUUUUAAUUGUGAUAUUUUUUAUUCUGUGAUUUGAAUCAAUGGAAAUUGCAGAUGAAUUCUGACACAUCUCAGCUCCAUUCAGAUAUUAGUAAGCCUUCCUUGUGCAUCGAACCAUGCUUAGAAGCUCCUUUCAGCAAGGAAAUGGAGCAUGUUAUACCUCAAAUGAUUGUUACUCCUGCAGAUGAUAUCCAAGAAAAUAAACAAAAUGUUUGUGAAGCAUCGACGUCCGAAGGGCAACCUUCGGAAGCUUCAUCUGAUGUUUUCAACAAAAAUGAAACAGAAGAUAUUUCUACCUCAAAUAUUGUUGACCAGUCAUCAACAAUACUUGUUGAGCAAAAGCCAAGUGAAACAAGAAGUGAUGAAGCGAGUAUUAUGCCUGAUAAAGAGGCUACAAAGUCAUUGGAAUCUGUCUCAUCAUCUGUUUCUCAGAGGCCCCUUAUCAUUGAGUCUGAUAAAUCAUCUUCCCAUCCAGUUAUUCAUAGCGUAAAUGUGAUUGAUUCUAGUGAAACCUCCGUUCCUGAGCCCCCACCUGUCACAACAAUGCAGCGACCUUUAAUUUUUAAUGACAUCAAAAUGAAAACUGAAACUCCUGUAAAUAAUGCGGAACAAGAAGCCACUGAUACUCUAGUCAAAAAUGAUGUUCCAGCAACAGAAUCUGCCCUUAAUGAAUCUAAUCUUGCUUCUGAAUCAGAGGAAAUGCACACUUCGCAAAGCGAUUUCCAUCCAGCACCCAUUCAACUUCCAAAAAAGGAUAAUUUUUCUUAUCGAGAUCUUGAUGAAAGAGAUGAAAUGAUAAGAGGCAAUGAAAUGCCGACAGAACUUCAGACAGCUGAAAAACUUCCUGAUGAACAAGGGAAAAAAGGUGGCAAACAAAAUGUAAAGCAUUUCUUUGAUAAUUUGUUGCACGAUUCACAAUCUGAUAAAAACAAAUCCAGUAAAGAGCUUUCUUCAAGUUCAAAUGCUAGUGAUAAGAAACAAAUCAAAGCUGAAAAACAUGGAAUAAAAAAUCUAUUCAGUUCUACUAAGACUGAUUCUCCUGCCAAGGAUAAACAAGUUAGUAGCAGUAGCACCGAUGAUUCAAAAAGCCAUGCUAAAGAUUCAAAAGACCACCCCAAAGAAUCAAAAUACAAUCUUAAAAAAAUGUUAGAUUCUUUUAAAUCAGAUUCAAGUGAUUCAAAAAUUAAAACUAGUGAUUGUGCAAUGGAGGAAAACACUGAAAUGGAUGAAAAUGCAAAUGUCUCUAAGUCUCCCCAUAAAGAGUCUAAAUCUGGGAUCAAGAAAUUUUUUGAUUCUUUUAAACAUCCUGAAAGUAAAUCAUCAGAUGAAAUAUCUUCUCCAGAAGGUGAUAAGGGCAUAAAUAUUAAAGUACCUGUUACUAUUCAGUCCAGUGAUAAGAAAGUUCCAGAAAUUAUUCAAGACACAAAAACUAACAAAGAAUUUGAGUUACCAGGUGCCUCCAUACCUCCUAUUUCUGAUGAAAGUAAAGAAAGUGAUAAAGGGAAACCUAAAGACAGCUUGCAAAAAGUGAAAACAUUUUUUGAUUCUAUUAUACAUCCAGAUACUAAAACAUCAUCAGCUGAUGCUCCUACUCUUAAUGGAGAUUUGGAUAUCAAUAUAAAAGUGCCUGUCACUCUUCAGUCCAGUGAACAGCCUUUACAACAAUCUAAACUCCCUGAUAGUUCAUCUAGAGUAAAUUCUAAUAUUAAUGCAAAUGUACCUGUUAUUGUUUGUGCAGAAGAAACUGGUAAACAAGUAGAAUCUGCUGUUGAACAAUCUAAAGUAAGUGACAAGGAGAAACAAAAAGAUCCAUUGCAUGGUGUAAAGAAACUGUUUGAUUCAUUUAUGCAUCCAGAUAAUAAAGUGUCCUUGGUAGAUGUAAAUGCUUGUGAUAAAGAAGAUAAUAAAGUACUAUCUCCAAAAACACCAACAGUUAUGCCUGAGAAAGAAAGCAAAUGUUUAAAUAUUACAGAUAUGCACACCUCCACCAACCUAGCUGACAACAAAGAAAUUGCAAAAGAACAACCAAAAGAGAGUGCAACAAGCAUGAAAAAAUUUUUGGAUUCAUUUAAGCAUGAUAAACCUGAUGUUUUAAAAGAUUCUGAGAAAACUAUUUCCAAGACUGACAAAAAGAAUAAAAGUGUAAAAAAGUCUCAUUCUUUCCGAGAAAGCUUACUCACUAAUCAAACUGAAAAAGACGCAGACAAAGAACUUGAUAGUAGUAAAAAAGGUGCUAAAAAGCACGACAGCUCAAAAGUUCAAGAUGAGUCUAAAACAGUGAAAGAAUUAAAAAAUAAAGAACUUAAACGUUCUUUGUCAUGGAAAGAAACAUUAACAUCUAGCUCAGAUGGAUCUCGAGGGUUCAAAAACUUUUUAGAUUCUUUGACUCAUAAAAAGCCAUCAACUUCAAAAAGUGAUUCGGAUCAUAUAUAUGAUGUUGUAGAAAAGACAAAAAUUCCUGUUCAGCAACCAUGUCACACAGACUCCAAAGUAGUUAGUAAAAAGUUAGAGGAUAAAUUCAAGCAGGAAAGUAAAAAGUUAGAAGAUAAACCCAAACAGGAAAGUAAAAAGUUAGAGGAUAAACCCAAGCAGGAACAAAGUGGUGUAAAAAAGUUAUUUGAUUCAUUUAUUAGCAAAGAUACACCUGUAAAACAAAAAGAAGUAGCUGUUGAUCAACCAUUGACUUCAGAUUCUAAAGCAGGGAAUAAAAAAUUGGAUGAUAAACCUAAGCAAGAGCAAAGUGGCAUGAAAAAGCUAUUGGAUUCAUUUGUUGGGAAAGAUACACCUGUAAAACAAAAAGUAAGUGGACCAAAAAAGGUCAGAAUGAAUGAUGACAUCAUGUUUUCAACAGAUUUAGAAGAAAAACCUGGAACAUCAGGUUAUACAUUUGAAACUAAACAUGAAACAUCAGGUUAUACAUUUGAAACUAAGUCUGCACUCAAACAUCAAGAGGUUGUGCAAAAACCUCCUCAGGCAUCCAAUGAAAUUUUAAAAAGUGACAUUGAGGCUGGUGGAAGUGCACCAAAAAUUCAAAUUGAUGGACCUUCAGAUGUGAAGCCGUGUGAUGUAAAAGAUACCAAGGUGACAAAGGCACCAUUAGGACCUGCACCAAAAAUUCAAACCCAUGAAUCUUCCGUCAAAGAUGCCAAACCAUCAGUUCUCCAUUCUAUUGGUGACAACAUCUCUGCUUUAAAAGGAAAAAUAUUUCAACCCAAAGUAGAGAAAAAAGAACAUACAGAAGUUGCUACUGAUAUAAAGACGGGGGAAUAUGAUUUAGAAAAUGCAGCUAAACAUGAAAAUGGGGCAGGAAUGAUAGGUUCAUACAGACCUAUAAAAGAUGCUGAUUUUGUUGAUGUUGAUUUAAAUAAAGAGAGAGAAAAUAAAAGUCCCACUUUUGAGAAGGUAAAAUAUACUGCACCUUUGGCAACACCUUCUCCUUCUAAAACAGCAGAAGUAAAAACUGUUGACUCCCCUCAGCAGCAAACCUCACCAGAUUCUUUGUAUGAUACGUGCUGCUUCAGAUUGGCGAUUUUAUUUUCGAACAAAGCCAUAGAAAUGGUAUCUGAUAAAGGAAAAACACCUCCUAAAAAACCUCCCAAGCCUUCAGCAGAUGCAAUCGCUAAAGCUAGGGCCAAGGUAGUUUCUCAGAAACUUAAAGAAAUGCGAGCUAAGGGGCAAAGUAUAGGAGAAAACAUUCCAGUUGGUUAUGAUGGAAUACGAUUUGCAGAUGAUGAAACUGAAUCUUCAUGUGACUAUAAAGAUGUGGACAAUUUUGAUUAUAUAAUGGACUAUGAACUCACUAAUAGGUAUAAAUUUGAUAAUAAAAUGGACACCUUUAGUGAUCCUAGUACUUGUAGUGGUAGCUAUUAUACUGCUGAUACUGUAACUCUUAAAGAUGAAAAUUUUUCUGAUGCUCCUAUGGAUGCAGCUAGUCUAGGCAGCUAUGACGGCAGAUUUUCACCUGUAGCUAGUAGUAGCAUAGACAUGAAGAAUCGGUUGAAACAAUCUAGUCAAACCCCUACUACGCAAAAACCUUCAGGUAAAGUAGGUCCCUUAAACGAUGUGCAAAAACAAUCAUGUAGAGUUCAGACUAAUAAAAAAAGAGUUCCUCCACCCCUUCCACCAAAACCUAUUAUCUGUCCAAAAUCUAAGAGUCAGCGAAAAGAAAGUAAUGAAUCAGGCAUCUACACUUUAGCUUCUGAAUGCAUUAAUGGUCUUUCUUUAUCUCCCAGAUUGAAAACAAAAUUGUCCAAAGAUUCAGCUGCUACUAAAAGCAGGCCAUUAGUAGUUGCUGGGUUAAAAGAAACAGAAUUUGUUGGCUUGCAAUCUAAAUCUAAAGAUAGCAAUAAACAAUUAAAAGAUAGAAAAUUUGACUUGGUAUUGAAAAAUGAAUCUUUGAAAAAGAUAAAUACUAUAUCCUCCAAACAUGAACCUCUCAAAGCCACUAAAUCUUCCCCAGAAGUAUUAUUAAAUGGAGAAACUUGCUCUAGUCUUACAAGGAAAAAAGCUACACCUGAAAGGCCCCCUCUUCCUUUAACAUUGAGUCGCCCUGAAGACAAAAUGGUAAAAAAAUCAAAAGUACCACCCCAAAUUCCUGAAAAACCUAAAAGAGAAAAUACUGUAACUACUAUUGUAAAUGAAAAAAGAACUAUUUCUCCUCCUAGACCCCCUCCACCUACAAAUUCCAAAGUUGGUUCUCCUCCACCACCACGACCUCCUCCACCAGUUUCUGGAUUUUCUCCAUCGCAGCAAGUAUCGCAAGUUUAUUUAACUACAUCAGAUAACCAGGAAGAAAGGUCAUCUGAUAUAAAGCCCAACAUUACAUUUGAAAUUCACGAUGAAACUCAACAUUUUCUUUCUGAUAAUGGGUUUUCUUCACACGAUUAUGAAAAUUCAGAACAAUCAGAGGCAGUGUUACCAAAAUAUUCCAUGCCUGCUUGUAAUGCAUCUGAUGUAAAACAAAAUGAAGCUAUAUCAAGUAAUGAUAUUGAAAGUUCUGUACUUACUGAGAAAAGUUCUACGGAAAGAGUUGUAAGUAAUGUUGUUCCUAAGGCACCUCCUCGAAAUCGAAGGUUGCGCUCACGGACUGUCGAAAUAACUAAAGUAGAAAGGCCUCCUGAAGAAAACCUUAGGAGGAGUCAAUCUUUAAGUGAUAUUGAUGUUGAAAAAAGAACUUCUUUCCUUAGUAUGCCCGAAAAGACAGAUUUGAAACAUCUUUAUACAUCUGUAAAUAAAAAUGGUAAAAAGUCUAAUCUUAGUUUAUCUCAGUCAUCAAGUCUAGAAAAGCUAUCAGGUCGCCCUCUGCCUGCUCCACCACCCCCACCUAGAAAAUUUCGUUCUCUUGAUCGCAAGCCGAAACCUAAGAAAGCUUGUGCAGAUGAUUUGCCAGCAACUGAAAAAACUGAAACAAUUGUUGAGACAGUAACAUCUGGGUCUCUAGUUCAUCCACCUUCAAGAAAGAAAAAGACUGAAAAACAGCGAUUUCAUAGUCUUGGUCAUGAUCAUAGGCCUGAGGCUAAACCUUUGGAGGUUACUUCAAAGGCUGCACGAUCACAUAGUGCCCCUAUAAGACCGGAAAGAAGGCCGAAGCAGUCAAAUGUUGAAUAUGAUGAGAAUGCCAACGUGGCUUUUCCAGUUCAAGCUGAAGUCCAUCGAAGCAAUGUAAUCUUAGAUGAAUGUGGUAAUGAAAUACUUGCUUCUAACAUUCCUAGUCCUGAUCGUGUUGAUUCAAGAAACUCGUCUGUAAAAGUGACACCAAAUCCUAGGCGGAAGAAAGUGAAGAAUCCCAAAAAAUCUCAUUCUAGUUGGUAUGAUACUUGUCCAGAAAGUGAAGAAUUUGAGAUAGUUGAUUGGAGUGCAACCGAUGAAGUUGAAAGUCGGUUCUUUGUUGAUAAAAAAUCUGUCCCAAAACGUCGCCAGUCAGAUCCAGGGAAAGGUGCUAGAAGGACUUCAAAAUUUUAUGUUGAUGUCCAGUCAGAUUGUGGUGAGCAUUCACUUGUUGACAAGGAAACAUCUCCUGUACGGUUAGAUUGCUCUGAAAAAUCAGUACAAACGUCUCUGGAGACAUUGUCCCAGGGUAUGACAUCUCGUGAUGAGAAAGAUGAUGAUGACGACACAGAUGAACUGUUAGAUCUUGCUCAAACAUUACAAAAUGAGCUGAAAAUUAUUAUUAAUAGGCAUAAGUCCUCCUCCGAUGUAGGGGGUGACAGCAAUGCAACUAAUACUCCUAUUAUGUCUGAAACCGAAUCAGAAGAAAGAAGUCCUGGGCGAGAGCUUGGUGCUAAUUUAAAAAAAUCUCCCAGUGUACUCUCUUCCAACUCUGAGAUGUGGCCUAUGACAUCUUCUGAAGAGAGUGAUAAUGAAGUGCCACCUGGUGGAUCAACCAGUUUAACAGAGAUUGCUAUGAAACGAAAGCAGAAAAAGAUUUUUUACAUAGCUCAGGAAAUAAUGACAUCUGAAGAAGUGUUUGUUGAUACUUUGAAAUUGCUCAAUGUGGAUUUCAAAGCUGCAAUUGAAGCUGCCAAUCAACAAAAGGGCAUGAAUGUUGUCCCAGACGACGCAUUAUCCCAAAUAUUAAACCAUCUCCCACAGCUUCAACAUCUGAAUGAAAAUUUACUCAUGGAGUUAAAAGACAGAAUAGAAAACUGGGAUAAAAUCGGAAAAAUUGCAGAUGUAAUUGUCAAAAUGGGUCCAUUUUUAAAGUUGUAUUCUUGGUACAUACAAGAUUUUGAAUAUAAUGUGUCAUUGUUGGAAGAGUCAAAGAAAAAAUAUCCUCUUUUUGCUCAAGCUGUUAAAGAUUUUGAAGCUAGUGCCAGGUGCAAGAGAUUGGCCUUAAAUCAUUUCAUGUUAAAACCUAUUCAAAGGAUACCUCAGUAUCGAUUAUUGCUUCAAGAGUACUUACACCAUUUGCCUGAAGAACAUGUAGACUAUCAGGAUACUGUUGCAGCUCUACAAAUUGUCAGUGAAGUUGCUACUCAUGCUAAUGAUAGCAUGAAGCAUGGUGAUAAUGCACAGAAGCUUAUUUCUAUACAAAACAGCAUUAUGGGACAUAAAGAAAUUAUUAAACCUGGACGAUUAUUUAUUAAGGAAGGUGAAUUGAUGAAACUCUCACGAAAAGGAAUGCAACCGAGGUGGUUUGUUUUAUUCAAUGACCUUCUUUUAUAUCUAACACCUGUUCAGCAAGGGUUAUACAGGGUUAAUCAUGAGUUGCCUCUCACUGGCAUGAAAGUUGCCAUUCCUAUUCAGCAGGAUUACCAAAACGAAUUUAGCAUCAUCUCUGUGGCAAGAUCUUUCACUUUGGCUGCUAGAUCUCCGGAAGAAAGGCAAGAAUGGAUUAUUGCAUUGACAAAAGCCAUUGAAGAAAAUGCUUCCAAAAGAAGCACAUUCACAAAUACCAGGCUACAACAAAAAACGCAAGAUAAAGCUGCGGAAGAUGAUGAAGCAGAAUUUGUUUUGGGGAGAAAAGCACCAGUAUGGAUUCCAGAUUCUCGUGUCACUAUGUGCCAACUAUGUACAAGUGAAUUCACUGUCACUUUUCGACGCCAUCACUGUAGAGCUUGUGGAAAAGUUAUAUGUUCAAUUUGCUCAAGUAACCGCAUAUCACUACCUUAUUUGGGGAAUAGAAUAGCGCGUGUUUGUGAUGAUUGUCAUGUAAAAUUAGGACCGGGUUCUGGUACAUGUACUGAAUCAGCUGAAACUGAUAGUGAUAAUCAACAAAUUGCUGUUAAAUCUCACCUCAGAACGGAACACAAACAUGUUAAGAAAGGGAAACGCAAUUUACCCAGUGUCUUGAAAGAGGUUUGUGCUAAUGAUCAAGGAUCCACAAUCAGUGGGUAUUUGCAGAAAAAAGUCGGAAAGAGUUGGAAAAGGGAAUGGUUUGUUAUUAAAGACAAGGUUUUAUAUGAGUACAAAGCAAGUGAGGAUGUGGCUGCUCUUAAAAGUUUACCUCUACUUGGUUAUCAAAUAGAAUCUUUUUCUGAGAACAUAGCAUUUGAAAACAUAGAUCCAUCUGUGCUGUUUCAACUCACUCACCCAGGACAGGCUCCUAUAAUUUUUCAUGCUGAUACAGUUGGAUCAACAGAGAGAUGGAUAUCUGCUCUAAAAGAAGCUUCAGUACUUGAAUGAUGUUUAUUGGACUGUUUUGAUACAUAAUAAAAAGUGUACAGUAAUUUUAUCAUUUGUGAUAAUGAGUGCCCUCUAGUGUGUGCAGCUGAACGAUUGAAUUCUCUUUUUUUUUGUAACUCUGGUAUAUAAAGGAGUCUGAUUGGAUGAUCCUAAUGCAUUACGGGAAUGUUUACACAGAUUUUUAUUUAAAAUAUUAUAUUGUACUUUUUAGAAUUGAUCACUUCUUGCAUGUUUAGAAAUUUUGCAAAAACCAUAUUGAUUUUAGGAAUCUCAAUUUGUGAUUUUUUUUUUAAAAUUGGUAUAGAAAGAAAUAAUAAAAGCGUAUCAUUCUAUUAUAAUUUCUGUUAGUAUUAGAUUUGUGAUAUUAUAGAAUUUACGUACAAAAAAAGUUUUUGUAUUUAUGUGCAAUACGAGACAGUAUUUCAAUUUUUGAAUGAAUUUUUAGAAAAAAUUUUGAAUAAUAAACUUUUAAACUUUGUAAAAAGUUUUGAAUGUGAUAUAAUACUUUUUAAACUAUGUAAGAUAUAUUUAUCUGUUAAAAUUAUCAGCAUAAAUUAUUCUGAAAUAUUUGUAGAUAUCGAAUUACCUUUAUUUAUUUUGCUGAGAAUAAAUUAUAUUUAUGUU